GAGAACACACCACUUUAUAGUUUAAUUUCAGUCUACAGCUUAAUUAUCGUUAACCUCUCUGUCCUUUACCAGAUGAUUGAGAGCAGUGUAUUUUUCUGAUAUUUUAGUACCACAACCUUUUUGUUUUUUAAGAAGCCUUUCCCUUUAAAUCUCCUCCAGGGACCACCUAGAGUCGCUCCGCAUUUCUGUCGGUUGGCAGUAAAUCACCGAUGGUAGUCACUGUUCGCGUCAGCGCGCCGCGAUCAGUCCGCCGUUCCGCUUUCUGCCCGAUCUGUCGCUUUUCCUGAAAACCUCUCGUUCUCCAGCCAUGCAUCUGCUGUGUUUCUCUAUCCUGCUGCUGUGGACCGGACGGGCGCGCGGUUAUUUCCCGGAGGAGCGCUGGAGCCCGGAGUCCGCGCUGCUCGCGCCGCGGGUGAUGCUCGCGCUGGUCUGCCGCAACUCGGCGCACUCUCUGCCGCACGUCCUCGGAGCCAUCGACCGCCUCAGCUACCCCAAAGACCGCAUGGCUGUAUGGGUGGCCACAGAUCAUAAUUCAGACAACACCACUGAGAUCCUGCGCGAAUGGCUCAUAAAUGUCCAGAACUUCUAUCAUUAUGUGGAGUGGAGACCUCAGGAGGAGCCCAGUGUCUAUGAGGACGAGAGCGGCCCAAAGCACUGGACGAACCUGCGCUACGAGCACGUGAUGAAGCUGCGUCAGGCGGCCCUCGACACGGCGCGGGAGAUGUGGGCCGACUACUUCCUGAUGGUGGACUGUGAUAACCUGCUGACUAACCGGGAUGUUUUAUGGAAGCUGAUGCGGGAGAAUAAGACGAUCGUGGCACCGAUGCUGGAGUCCAGAGCGGCGUACUCAAACUUCUGGUGCGGCAUGACCUCUCAGGGUUAUUAUAAGCGGACGCCGGCCUACAUGCCGAUCCGCAGACAGGAGCGUAAGGGCUGCUUCGCCGUGCCCAUGGUUCACUCCACCUUCCUGAUGAUUGUGGAUCGAGGGCUGAAGGCGUCUCUGCUGAUCGAGGACGACCUGCGCUUUGAGGUUUUCUUUAAGCGUCGUCUGCAGAAUCUGAUGGAGGAGAUCGAGUCUCAGCGGCUGGACUGGGAUUUGAUAUACAUCGGCCGCAAGCGGAUGCAGGUGGACCGGCCGGAGAAAUCUGUGCCCAGAAUACACAACCUGGUGGAGGCGGAUUACUCGUACUGGACGCUGGGAUACAUGAUCUCCCUGCACGGCGCUCAGAAGCUGCUGCGGGCCGAACCGCUCCGAAACAUGCUGCCGGUGGAUGAGUUUCUGCCCGUCAUGUACAACAAACACCCCAUCGAGGACUACAUGUCUCACUUCGAGCGGCGGGAUCUGCGAGCGUUUUCGGCCGAGCCUCUGCUGGUUUACCCCACGCACUACACGGGCGACGAGGGCUACAUCAGUGACACGGAGACCUCCAGCGUCUGGGACAACGAGACGGUCCUCACCGACUGGGACCGGGCGCGAUCACGCAAGAGCAGCGAGCAGGAGGAGCUCAGCAGCGGGGCACAGAACUCAGACGUGCUUCAGUCUCCGCUGGACAGCACGGCCCGAGACGAGCUCUGAAACACUCGGACAAACUGCACACUCACGUCAUCGAGGACAAGUGUUCAUCAGAUGCCACACUUCACCAUCUACUUCAGAUACUCCCUGAUGAUUUCCAUGAAAUGCUUGACUGGAUGCAGGAAUAGUAGAAAUGAUGCUAGUUACAGUUGAGGUCAAAAGUUUACAACCGGUUUUAGUUUUUAGUUUAGUUUUAACCUGAUCUGAUGGGUCUAGUUUAACGCUUGUCAGGAGUCCUGGCCGGUCCUUUGUGCUUCAGUUAAAUUUGUUUGAUUUUUAACAUUUCAUUCCUUUAUUAGUUCACUUUGAACAUGAUUUAAGUGAGCGUAGACUUUUGCUUUGUACGUAAAGCUGUUGUUAAGCGUCCCAUAUUAAGGUCAGAAUCAGAUCGGCGUGUGUUUAUCUGAUAGUUUGCUUGCAGACGACUAAUUUAUUGCUUGUUGAGCUUGUUCGUAGUCUUCGAUGUCAGUAUUAACACAGAGCCGUCGGAUCUGUUACCCCUGAUGUGAACCGCACAGAAGUGUUUUACCUUUGUUUUUUUUCUUUCAGUUGCCAUAAGAGAUUUGUAUGGGAAAUAGUUACCAAUUAAAAUGAAUCCAUUUUAAAGCUAGCAAACGAAUGCUUGUGUGGCAAACUAAUGUUUACAUGAUGCUUAAUGUGCUAACUCAAGAAAUGGAUGUUGUAAUAUUUAGUGAAAUGAGAUGAGUGAACAUUGACUUUUUUAUGUAUCAAUCCUUUCUGUUGCUUUCAUCCUGAAUGUGCCUUUUAUACCAAAGAAUAAAGAAUGUUUCUUAAAGUC